CUCUCUCCGACCUUGCAAUAGAGAAGUGUUAAUCGAAUUUUAAAAUUUAAACUAAUAAGUAUCUAAGUUGGAAACCUUGAUUUUAUCUUAAUCGUAAUACGUAAAUUAAAUUAUUUUUUUUAUGUGACAAUGACUCACAACAAUCGUAACAAAUAUGAAAAAGCGCGAAGACGUUUAGCUGCGGUUACUUUUCUAUCUAAUAUUUCCCUUGAUGGCUCAUUCAAGGAUACUGAGCUUUGCCAAAUUUUAGACAUAAAAUAUAACAGUGAUAAGUGUGACGGCUCAAAAUCAAAAAAUAUUCCAAAUCAUAAUGAAAAAGAUUCAUCGCGCAGCAAAAACCGCAAUGCGAAAAUGCCGCAGUGUAGUCCAGCACACAAACACAAUAACGAUAAUCAUUCUAUAACUUCUGAUUCUGAAUACGCUCAUGUAACACCUAUUAAAGGAGUUAGUAAUAAUCUUAUAAGAGAAAGGUGUUCUUCUGGAAACACAGACCUCUUUAAAGACCGACACCUAUCGCUUAGAGGACGAAAAACAUGCACACAAGAUGAGAAAAGUAGCUUAGAAAGUUUAACCUUUGGUCGUCUUAGAACCAGUAGUACUUGUAUUCCAGAAAACCAAACCUAUAUUAAGGAACUGAAGUUAAUUAAGGGGACUAAAGGUGUGACUUUCAAAGAUGAAAGACUUGUAUUUGCACCAGCUCAAGGGGUGCCAUGUGCUUUAUUUAGUACUAUACCAUAUUCAAAAACUGCAAGAUGUGCAAGGUCUGACUUGAGAAAAGAUGGAGUCAGAAGGAGAAAUACAUCAGGCCCUCGACCACUCUCUGCAAUUACAGAUAAUGGUGUUGAUCCAUUUGACUUACUUGGAUUGGAGAGAGAAGAACAUGGUCAAGAUAUCUCAUACUCAAAGUUGUUAGUACCCUCUCGAGUCUGUACACGAGAGCAGUAUAGGCGGAUGUGUGAAGCAGAUUUAACAGAUAAGGCCUCUUGGAAAGUAAUAAAUAGACAUCCACAUGUCAUUGCCAGGACUAAGUUAUUGACGAGACACAAGGAUAAAAAAUGGUGCUUCUCGUAUGAAUCUGCUCAACGCAGUACAAUUGCAUCAUCGCCGCCUCUUUCCUCAGUUGAAACUAAAACUUUUGACUGGGAUGAAGAAAUAAUAUUGGCACAAAAAUAUGUAAGCAAAAAGAUCCAUUACUGCCCAAAUGUACUGGAUGACCCAGAAUUGAUAGCCGGCAAACACAGGACGCUUCUAACAUUUACGUCUUACAUGACGUCAAUCAUUGACUACGUUCGCCCUCAGGAUUUGAAAAAGGAACUAAAUGACAAAUUUCGAGAGAAGUUUCCUCAUAUUAAAUUGACACUUAGCAAACUAAGAAGUAUAAAGAAAGAAAUGCGAAAAAUCGCUAAACACGAUUGCGGAGGGAUCGAUCUGUUAUCUGUGGCACAGGCAUAUGUUUACUUCGAAAAAUUAAUUCUUGCCAAUCUUAUUAACAAAGACAACAGGAAGCUAUGCGCGGGCGCCUGCUUAUUGCUCUCGGCUAAAUUGAAUGAUGUUAAAGGCGAAAUGCUCAAAAUGCUUAUAGAGCGAAUCGAAACAACGUUCAGACUGAAUAGGAAGGAUCUAAUUAAAUUUGAGUUCGCUGUAUUGGUCGCUUUGGAAUUCGGCCUUCAUGUACCACCCCAUGAGGUCUUUCCGCACUACCAAAGACUCCUGCACGAUUCGUGACGACGUCUUUCAUUUGAGAUUGGCCGACCUUACCGCGAUUAUCGGCCGCAUAGACGACGCGCCUCUAUCGUUGAAAACUUUCGUGCGAAUUCCUGGAUAUAAACUAAUAGAUAAAAUUGUAUUUCAUCUACGCGAAGCCUACAUUUUAAUAGAUAAUUAGAGAAAUAGAGUUUGUGCGGAAUAAGAACUGUCGUAGGAUUUGAGGUUACUUCAAUGCUAACCUUUUUUUAUUAUGUUGACAAUAUACGUCAUUGUAGUUCGAUAGUAAUCAUCUUGAUUCUUAAUAUGAAAAUAUAUAUUUGUAAAUAUAUGAAAUGUGUAGCAAGUAUAUUAUAUUAGUUCGCAUAAAUACGACGGUUCUCUUCCCGCACAGACUAACUCUGAGAGUUUCUCGCUGUAUUAAUUGAAACCUCGAGUGUCAUGUAAAUUUGAGAUUAUAUAAAAAAUAAUUAAUUAAAAUAUAUUAAUCAAUGUAAAGAAUUAAAGGGACUAUAAAACAGUGUUAGUCUAGAAAUAAGAUUAUUCAAUGUAUGUGCAAGAAGCUCAGGAAAUCGCGUCGGAGGCGGUAAAGCGCUAAAUAAUAGCACAAAAAGAAGAAAAAAGAAAAUAAGAUUGAUUUUUUUUUUCUUUUUCGAUAAUGUGUCAGUCUAGUUUAAUAUAAAUGUUACUUAAGAAGAUGUUAUAUGUAUAUCAUAUCCGUCUAAUAAUACGGUCUAAGAACGAAUAGUUGAAACUAGUGGCGUGAAAAAUCGCUAGCAUGAAAAAUUCUUUUUCAGGGAUUCCUUUCCACUAGCACUAGCUCAGCUCUAUGUAGAAUUCGGGGAUUCCCGCAAACGCCUGACGCUGUCGUGCGGGAAUCCUAAUCCCAUACUCGCGAUUAUACAUCAUAUAAAAUUUAUUGCUUUUUACUUUCGAUAUGGCGACCACCAACUUCCGCCGGCCUUCUGGCCACCCAAGGUAGCAACGCAGACUGUCGCAGACAUCUACAUCGGUUUAUUAGUAGCCAUAUGUGCAGUCUUCAAGGCUCUAUUGUUCACAAAAGAGUGAUAUUUGUAAAUAUUUAAACUAGUAGACUGUGACAUUAGUAUCAUUAGAAUGUCGAUGUGCCAAAAAUGUAUUUAUUUUUAAACAGUUCUAUAAUAGAUUAAUCCGCUAUGAACUAUUGCUUUCUGCGUAUUGUUUAAACUAAGGAUCGUUGACCCUUAUAAAGCUUUUUUAAUUAAUAUGAAGGUGCUAUGGUUAAGAAAUUGUUGACGGAUUUUACUAUUACGAUAAAAGUAAUUAUUAGAAAUAAUUAACAGACUCUCUUAAAUACCAAAAAUUGUAAAACUUAUUUGGAAUAGGGAUAAAAACGUAUUGCUUACUGGAUGGUUGAGAUGGUUACUUCAAUUUAAGGGAUAUAAUUGUAUGCCCAUGAUUGAAAUUAUACUAACAACAUAACUUCGUCCUUUUAAUACAUACACAUACAUUGCAAAAACACUGGAACCUGUAUUUUUUAACAUUAAGUAUAUGUUCCAAAUGCGUGAAAUGGAAAAUAUAUUUUGACGGCGGUAUCACUUAACAUCAGGUGACCCUCCUGCCCGUUUGCCGCCUAUUCAAUAAAAAAAAAUUUAGCGUCUUACAUCUGGGCAUACUGUUCGAUAUUUCAGUGGAUUUCAACGUUGUAUGUUGUUAGGAGAAUCUUAGCAAUUACGAUUAUAUUUAGCUAUAGGUUUAGGCGUAUCUGUUGUUGCCAUGAUGCUAGUGAAUAGAAACAUCACUUUGUUAAACUUGCCUGUUUUUAUUGUUAUAUUUUUGCUCAUCGUAUACGAAACGAGGCCAAAGAUUAUUUAAAUGUAGUUAUAAUGAUAAUGUUAAAUAUAUUAUGACUUUGUAUAUAUUUUUGUUCACAAUUAAUAUUUUUUUAAGAUAUACCCUACCAAUAUACUACAAAAGAGAUGUUAAUAUACCUAUCAGCUGACAUCUUAGCAUCACAGUGACACAAGAAUGUACAAAUAUGGAAUUAAAUUUUUAUUAAACAACUUCAAUUAGGCUCAUGU